CUGGAUGCUCUAGGAAAUAGGCCUAACAGCGUCAGCGCGCUCUAAUUAAUAUUCAUGAGUCAGUGCUUAGCCAUAGUAGGUUGUGAAAACAACGUCCCGUCCAGUGAGAUCUUUGAAGGAGUGCGUCUUUAGCUCCAUGAAGGGAUAUGAGAUGGCUCUCCCAUGUGGAGAAAAAUAGACAAUGCACUCCCUCUUGUACAGCCUCAGUUGCGCAAAGUGUCACUUUCGGUAAUAGCCACAAGCAAGACUUUAAAAUAUACAACAUUGCAGUUGUAUGAAAUGCGUUACUUUCAUGUUCAGUUAUAGAGGCGGUAAACCGUUGAGUUUAAAUAUAAUAAAGCAUAAUCUCCAUGGACACUUGUCGCGAAGUUGUAGUUGUAACAGGUUUUGGUCCUUUCCGACAACACGUUGUGAAUCCAAGUUGGGAGGCAGCUAAGGUUUUGAAGAUGGCAGGGCUUGGAUCGGGCAUAGAGGUCCGUAUUAAGGAGAUUCCUGUCAGUUAUGCGAAAUCCCAACAAGUCCUUGAUGAUAUCUGGCAGACGAUGACUCCAAAGGUUGUCAUCCAUUUGGGCAUAGCUCCAGGAGCCAAAGGCAUCACACUGGAGCAAACAGGGAAGAACCACUGCUACAAAGACAGGGAUGUGAGCGGUCUGUGUCCUAAUCAUCAGUGCGUCAUUGAGGGAGGACCAGAACGACUGGACUCCAUCAUAGACAUGAGGUCCCUUAGCAAGCAUUUAAAAAGUAUGGGGCUUGAUGUCAUCUACUCUAGGGACGCUGGGAGGUACCUGUGUGAUUUUGCAUACUACUAUUCGCUGUACUGUGGGCAAGGAAGGGCUGUGCUGAUCCACGUGCCAGCCUCGGGCAGCCUGGCAAGCCCAGAGAGACUGGUACCACAACUCCAGACCAUCAUCCAGGCUCUGUUACGCCAGCUGGACCGACCUGCACACACAACCUCAGGACAGGUAGAAAACAAUCCCCAGAAUUAAAACAUAAUCCCAUCAAAGAUUACAUAGUGAGAAUGCAAUAAGUGACACUCAACACAGGCCUUCAGACUCAUUCAUUUUUUUUAAUUCAAAAUUUAAGAAAAAAAGAAAAUACAUGAAAAUUCUUCAGAUAUACAUUAAGCCAAUGGCAUGUAAAAAGUCUACCAUCUCAACUGGUGGUGAGGAGAAAACUGAAAAACAGGAGGCCUUAGAUACAUAACUUACAAGAAGACGAGAGUACCAGCCAAGCCGUUUUACCAUCAGUUUCUACCAAUCAAUGCAGUGACACAGAGAUUUUUAUUUUUCCUCCUUUUUUCUUUUUUUUUUUUUUUUUUUGUGAAAGGAAAAUAAAAAGUGUUAAUAAACUCUUUUCAGUACAGUAGAUCAAGGCCCCUUUUGAAAUUUGUCGGAAUGCCAAGCAAAAACAACAGUGCCUGGGAAAUGAUGUCUGUGAAACCUCAAGCUCAUUAUUGCAAUUAAAAUGCAUACAUGCAUCUUUUCUAAACCUGAGGUUUUGCAUUAUGAAGUAAUAGACUAAAAUAAUAAUAGUUCUUAUGAUAGUUGAGGGAAAAAAAAAAUCUUUCAGUCAAUCUACCUUCAGGUUUGAAGAGAACUUGCAUUGCAACAUAAGCUAUUUCUACUGUAAACUUGUCUCUUUUUAUUUAAAAUUCUAGUCAUGUUUUCUCUCUCUCUGUGUCAUGACUACCCGUAAUCUACUGGACAUCGCUGUCCUAUUUGUGUCUGUGUAUAUGUGUGUUUCUGUAGAUCUGUAACCUACUGGUAACUAAGGAACCUUGGCAGCAUUCAAUGAAAACUGACAUUCACUUUGCAACAGGCCAAUGCUUUUGUCCAUAUUCAUUACAGAAAGAAAAAAGAAACAGAAAUAAAUAGUUGAUAUCUAUUAUUUUCCCAUUAUAAACACAUCAAAAUCUUAAUCACUACAUCUACAUGUGAUACACUCCCACCCAUAUACAUACGCAACAAUACAAGCCCAAAGGCUUUUAUAGAAUGGUUAUUUCGAUCAUCUUGUACCACACAGAAUAAUAUUCUUUUCAAACAGUGUGCCUCUCAGCAUCCCGACCAGGUCUUUUCCUAUAAGCGGCCUUGUUUCCAACCCCCGGAGUUCAAAAGAUCCAAAAUAUGAAAGUCAAAGAACAUUUUAAGUGCCAUGAAACUGAACGACCAGGGGCUAUAAGGCCGUGACUUUCUCCGAAUCCACUUUGCAUUUUAAUCAUCUGAACCAUUGUGGGUUUUUUACCGGUUAUUUAGAGAGAGAAAGCAUGUUGCUUAGAUCCACCACCUACCCAAUGCUAUAGGCAAGACUAUAUGUAGUCUCUGUAAAGCAGCAUGUUGUCAGCAGCAGUAGAAAAGAGAGGCAAAACGACAGCCCUUUCUCUCUAGAGAAUGAUGUAGAUGAGCACAGCGACAACAGUUGGCCCUUUCUAUAUAGUGCUCACUAGACACGUGGAGAGCAUCUGACCAAACAAAUCAUCUGGAAUGUUUUUCCAGGUAGGUCUAUGAGAAGAGGGAAAAAUCCACUGUUUUUCGAAAUCCAUUUCAUGCAUUCAACUGUUAGAUGCUUUGGCCAAAAGGUAAAAUAGAGAGGAUGAUUUGAUUGUAAAAGAACUAGGUGAAGAACUAGGUUUGUUUAUGAACUAGGUGAAGUUAUCAGUAUACAUUAAGGUCAGAGUGAACCGGAAGUUUGUGACAUACUUCUGAGAGAAACAGAAUAUUUAAUGAGGAAACUAGAGGGCGUCGCUUCUUUUUUCUACUUUGAAUUGAUUGGAUGUAGUAAAGUAGGUGAUUCAUUCAGAAAUAAACACUGACAGGAGGGGAGUGGAUAAGGAUGCCCGAGCCGUCAAACUGAAGAUUUGGAUUAAUUAGACAAACAAUUUUUUCUUGUGGAUUGAUUUGCACAGAUGAAUUGUUCAUCAAAAAAAUAGCAAUUUGAGCUUACAAAAUAAAUACAGUCAGUUUUGAUUUCAUGCAGACUUUAAAGUCACCGUCAAUUAUAGGCUAUCGACAAAAGCAGUAGGCCCAACAGUGUGUCUGAGCAGGGCAUGCUGGGAAACAGGAUGACCAGUGCCAUAAUCUCUGUCAAUGCUGCAGACGAGUUAAGAUCAUGUGAGAUAGCUAAUGAAAUUUAAAUGGAACAAAAAAAACAUCAUACACAUUUUUUCUUGUUGGCCUAACUGUUCUACAUCCAAUCCUAUAUACCACGAUAUCAUGUUAAUUUUCUUGCUGCAACUGUAUUGAUUUGUCAGCAUUUGCAUUCUUUACUUAACCUUCAUGAACAGUUUCAUCAAUCAGAUGGUGGAUAAAGGGAGAUAACUUAAAAAGAAUAUUAAACACAGAGGAAAACACUGAUAAGUUUUAUCUGUGGUCCAUCACGUUGAAACCAUCUAGUAAAUUAGGUAUUUUAAUAUGAUUAUUUAACAACUACUGCAGCUUGAUUGAAAGCAGUGGGAUUUUUGUGUUGCUGGGCAUGUGAUAAGGGAUGCAAGAGACACGCCAUUAGGAAUCCCAUAGGCAUCUUAGCUCACACCAUGACUUCCUCUCUUCAUUCCUGGGAGCUUGUGCUCUGUGGUGCUUAAAGAGUUUUUUUGUUUGUUUUUUUUUUUUUUUUUUUUAAAUCAGAGACAAGACAGAGGAUGAUAAUGUGUCCUCUACAGAAAAAAAGCGAGAUGUAUAUUUAUCAUUUCAUCACUUACACAUUUAAAAUAAAAGAGAAUGAGGUAGAUAGAUGCUGAAGGAAAUGAAAAAAGAAAGUCCCCCAGUCAUGACAUCAUGGAAAAUGCAUCUAGAAUUCAGACUUUAUACUAAAUCAUAAGGGCAUUUGUACAGUGAUUUCAACUGGUAUCACAAAAAAAAGAAAGAAAAAAAUAAAUACCCCUUCAAAGGGGGAAAAAAACCUUCUAAGACAGGAUAAAUAGGUCCUGGGUAUCGUUCCCAAAUGCGCAUGGAGAAAUCCUUCAAAAUGAAACUUUUUAAAGCCAACUAGCCAGGGAAGCCUACUGUUUUAUUUUGCGUUCUUUGAGAAAACCGAUCAAUUCUCUGAACUCGAACCCGUUCUUAUUUGUUUGGUUACAGAUGGCAUAUUUAAUAAGGAAGGUUAGUGCUCGUUGCAUGGAUUUAUAAAGUCGAUGUGGGUUGUGGGUGACAUUAAGCAGAGAUUAUGAGCGUAUUUUGUUUGGAGGCAUUACAGGCUGGUUGGGGUAUGCGAGACAAAUUAAGACAACCCAAUUAGCCCUGUUGGUUGCUAUUCAGUUACAUGGAUGGGUUAUAAAAAUAGUCUAGGAGGGUAAAGAAACGUCAAUGAAACCUUCUAUGACGAUGCC